AUGGCUUCUUACCAGCAAUGGACGCUGUUUGUGAGUUUGCUGUGUUUGGUCUCUGCAACAAUGGGAGCUCCCCCAAGAAAGCCUAUAUCAGUGCCAUUUGGCAGAAACUAUCAGCCCACCUGGGCUUUUGAUCACAUCAAGUACUUCAAUGGAGGCAAUGAGAUUCAGCUCCAACUGGACAAAUACACAGGCACUGGCUUCCAAUCAAAAGGAAACUACUUGUUUGGCCACUUCCAUAUGCAAAUCAAGUUGGUCCCCGGUGACUCUGCCGGAACUGUCACUGCUUACUAUCUAUCUUCUCAAAACGCUGAGCACGAUGAGAUAGACUUUGAGUUCCUGGGAAACAGGACAGGGCAGCCUUACAUUUUGCAGACCAAUGUGUUCACCGGAGGAAAGGGUGAUAGAGAACAGAGGAUUUUCCUCUGGUUCGACCCAACCACAGCUUACCACUCCUACUCUGUCCUCUGGAAUCUCUACCAGAUUGUAUUCUUCGUGGACGACAUACCAAUCAGGGUGUUCAAAAACAGCAAAGAUUUGGGAGUGAAAUUCCCAUUCAACCAACCCAUGAAGCUGUACUCUAGCUUGUGGAACGCAGACGAUUGGGCCACAAGGGGUGGGCUGGAAAAGACCGAUUGGUCCAAGGCCCCUUUCAUUGCCACGUACAAGGGCUUCCACAUCGACGGCUGUGAGGCCUCGGUGGAGGCCAAAUUCUGUGCCACGCAGGGCCAGAGAUGGUGGGACCAGAAGGAGUUCCAGGACCUUGAUGCUUAUCAAUGGAGGAGGCUCAAGUGGGUACGCCAGAAAUUCACCAUCUACAACUACUGCACUGACAGAGUCAGAUACCCCACUCUCCCGCCGGAGUGCAAGAGAGACAGAGACAUCUAA